AUGGCGGUCGAAAGUCCCAAACCUGUCGUAACUGUGGAGGUAAAUUCCCGCACAAAGACGGAACAGAGUUUUGCCCAGCUCGAGGUAAACCUUGCCACAACUGCAAGAAAAUCGGUCAUUUUGCAAAAUAUUGCAGAUCUCAAUCUAAGGACAGUGGAAGUGUCAGACAAGUCAACCAAGAGAAAAGUUCUGAUUAUCUUCAAGACUCGGACGAUGAAUUUCUUUUUACUGUCAACACAAGCUCGGGUAAACAUCCAGAAACGCAAGUACAGAUCGGACACACUAAAAUAAACAUUCUGAUUGAUUCCGGAGCCUCUGUUAACCUUCUGAACUACCCAAUUUUUCAACAAAUUCAGAAAGACAACAACCGUAUCAAGUUACAAAAGACCAAUGCCAGAAUCAACACCACUCGAGUUAGCCGGAGAAUUUCAUCACCUCAGCAUCAGGUACAUUCAAAACUGCUACGUUUUAUGUAGCACAGAAGAAAUCUAAGUGUAUUCUUGGAUAUGACUCAUCUUCCUCAUUGGGACUUAUCAUCUUCAACAUCAACACCCUCAACCCGGUUCAACAAGAUCAUGAUGUACGUCGCAUUAUCAACAAACAUCCAAAGCUAUUUGAAGGAACGGGAAACCUCAAGGGACGUGAAGUGAAGCUCGAAAUUGACCCAACAAUAACCCCGGUCACACAAACAAAUCGGAAAAUUCCACACAGCAUGAAAACCAAAGUAAACAAAAAGCUGCAGGAGAUGAGAGAAGAAGAGAUAAUCGAAAAAGUUGGGGGGAGCAACGCCUGGUUAUCACCGUUGAUAGCCAUCCCAAAGAAGAGUGGGGACCUCCGACUAGUGUUAGACAUGCGCAUACCUAACACAGUCAACGAGAUACUUCAAAAAAUGGAGGGAGCAAAAGUCUUUACAGAGGUUGACCUGUCGCAAGAUUAUCUUCAACUGACAUUGGCAGAGGAAUCCCGUCAUAUUACAGCAUUUUCAACUCCUGAAGAUGGUCCGCAUAGAUUCACCAGGCUGAUAAUGGGAGCAUCACCAUCCGGAGAACACUUUCGUGAGAUUAGCCACGAGCUCAUCAAAGAUGUACCAGAUUGUGCCAACAUCUCUGAUAACAUUUGGCUAUGGUCCAAAAACAGAGAAAUACACCUCAAGCGGCUAGACCAGCUCCUCACAAUCCUGAGAACCAAUGGCAUCACACUGAAACUACCAAAGUGUUCGUUCGCCAUGAAAUUAGAAGAAAUACAAAGAGAAACAUUAGCAUAUCCGCAACUCCAGCAGAUUAAACAGAACUUGCAAAAUAAUCAAGUAUACAAACUUCCGAAAGCAUAUAAGCUCAUCGCUCAAGAGCUCUGCAUCACAGAUCAAGAUAUCUUACUUCGGGCUGAUCGCAUUGUUCUUCCUAACAAGCUGAGACAACAAGCAAUUAGCCUUGCACACGAGGAUCAUGCAGGUAUGGUCCGCUGCAAACAACGCCUGCGCUCCAAACAACGCCAAGCUUUGGUGGCCAGAGAUGGACAAGCAGGUUGAAGAACGAAUUCUAUGCUGUCAUCCAUGUCAACUGGUCAGUAAGAGCCCGCGACCAGAGCCAAUGGAACCAACCAUACCAAGCUUCCUAAGAAACUAUGGUCGAAGCUAGCCAUAGAUGUAUGUGGACCAUUUACCACUGGAGAACAAGUAGUUGUCCUUACUGACUAUUAUUCACGCUGGCCAGAAGUCAAAAUCUUAAAAUCAGUCACGUCCAAAAACAUUCUCGACUGGUUACUAUCGGUAUUCGCAACGCACGGAUUUCCCGAUAAAAUAAAGUCCGACAACGCAUCCUACUUUGUUUCUACCGAGUUCAAGGAUACAUUAACUUCUUGGGGAAUAGAACAUAAGACGGUGACGGAAUAUUGGCCACAAGCCAAUGGGCAAGUUGAGAGAUUUAAUCAAGUUCUCGAGAAACACAUCCUAACCGCACAGGCGGAAGGAAAAGAGUGGAAACCCACCAUUCCAUUCAUGCUACUCCACUACCGCAAUACUCCUCAUAGAAUGACCGGAAGAACACCUUCUCAUUGCUAA